AUGGCGUCUGGAGAUUCGCAAGAGAAAGGUUUCCUGAAGGAUCUCGACUCUUGGGUCGAACAACUUUACGAGUGCAAACAACUUUCGGAACAAAAUGUAAAGCAACUUUGUGAAAAGGCAAAGGAGAUCCUUGAAAAGGAAUCAAAUGUGCAAGAAGUCAAAUGUCCUGUGACCGUUUGUGGCGAUGUUCAUGGCCAAUUCCAUGACCUGAUGGAGUUGUUCAAGAUGGGCGGAAAAAGUCCUGACACCAACUACUUGUUCAUGGGUGACUACGUUGAUCGAGGUUACUACUCGGUUGAAACUGUAACCCUGCUUGUUUGUCUAAAGGUGCGCUACCGUGAUCGAGUGACCAUACUUCGAGGAAAUCACGAAUCUCGACAAAUUACUCAAGUUUACGGGUUCUAUGAUGAAUGCUUGAGAAAAUACGGCAACUCAAACGUAUGGAAAUAUUUCACCGAUCUCUUCGACUAUUUCCCGCUUACUGCCUUGGUCGAUGGACAAAUAUUCUGCCUACAUGGAGGACUAUCACCAUCGAUUGACACACUGGAUCAUAUUAGAGCCUUGGAUCGCAUUCAAGAGGUUCCCCAUGAAGGACCAAUGUGCGACCUUUUGUGGUCUGACCCCGAUGAUCGCGGAGGAUGGGGAAUCUCGCCUCGUGGAGCUGGUUACACUUUUGGCCAAGACAUCUCGGAGACAUUCAAUCAUUCAAAUGGACUUACUCUUAUAUCUCGAGCACAUCAACUGGUUAUGGAGGGCUACAAUUGGUCACACGAUCGCAACGUUGUCACAGUGUUCUCAGCACCAAACUACUGCUAUCGCUGUGGAAAUCAAGCUGCAAUGGUCGAGCUGGACGACGAGUUGAAGUAUUCAUUUUUGCAAUUUGACCCUGCUCCUCGUCGCGGCGAACCACAUGUCACACGUCGUACCCCCGAUUAUUUCCUU